AUUCAAUAAUUGGGAUUUAGAUGGUCGGAUAAAAGAGAUACAAUUAGUGUUAUGUUGGAAAUGUUACUUGAUAUUACUGUAUAUCAAAUUAUCGAAUGUUGUUUGCCAAAUGGAAGAGAAAAAAGUUAUCAAAUAUGAAAAUCUUUCUGUAGGAGUUUCCAUUAUGAAAAUGAUGUUGAUCAGCAGCACGAUAUUAAUGGAGAAAAGUUGAUGAUCCACAAAAAGCAGCAUGAACAAGCCAAAAGGAGGCAGUGGGCAAAGAUUCUUGAGAGGAACUCGGCUUAUUCUUGCAAUCAAAUUGAAGUAUCGAUGUUCCCUUAAUCUUAAUUUGUUUCCAUCUUUUAUCAAAUCGUAUCAUUGGUUAGAUUAACUUACCUCAAUUUUCCACACCACUUGAUUCAUCAGGAUGGCGAAAAUUCAAUCAAAUUGUCAAACCAAUUGUUGUAAUUGUGAUUGAGUGAAGGUGGAUAACUGUGGAUUCUAAACAUGGUCCAUGUCAGAUUAAUUAGAGAAAAGAUGAGAAAAAAGAAUGAGUUUGUUCAUUGGUCUGGUUUGUAUUCCAAUGGAAAAACUCAUCCGAUUGUUAUACUUACCGACGAUGGCGAUACAAUGAACGGGUUCCCUGAGAAUAAGAAAAUGAAUUAGAUAAAUUGGCCUAGACUUGGAACAGAAUAUGGUUUAGGUCCAUUGAUCUUAAAUGAAUCAUGGAUAAACUGAUCAUCGUGAUUACCAUCGUUUUCAUCAUAUUCAAUUUGUUUGCUAUUCACAAUUUAGCUCAUAACAGCCAAGAAUCUUAUUAUGAAAUCGCCGAGAAAUGUUCAGUACCAAAGAACCCGCCUUAUAUUUGGGUGAAAGCAGUUACCAAAAAUGCCAUUGUCCUUGGUAUCACUGAUCCCAAUGAUCCAGGUCAAGUAACGGGUUAUUCGGUUUACUAUUGGGGUUUGAGAUAUGGAGUAAAUUCAACAAUAGAUCGUCGCAAUCGUGAUUUCGGUCAACGUAAUUUCAGUACAAAAGGUCCUUUUGUGAUCGAAAGACUGAAACCAAAGUUCAUUUACUGUGCUGACAUAACUGCCUUCAAUUCGUGUGGUCAUGGUCCUUUUUGUGUUUCGUGUUUCGAGAACAUAUUAACUUGGCCUGAUGCUCAUCUUAAUUUCACCAAUUCUAUUUAUUCCAAUUAACAUUAAACUCUGAAAGAAAUUGAAUUUGUUCAUCUAAUCCAUUUGAUAUUAAUUAAGCCUGGACUUUGUUUUAUCGCCAUAAAGACAAAUAAACAAUCAACAUGACCAUCAAACCUAAACAAAUGAACACAAUUCAGAUUUCGAUUGUUACUCAUUAUAUCUAUAUCGUUCUGCGUCUUUCUUUCAACAUAAUCUAAUUCUCAUCUUAUAAAGUGAAACCCGAAUUGUUAAAUAGUUUGAUUAAAUUGAUUGUUUACACUUUUCUCCUGUUAAUCAGGUUUCAAGGGGCUCAUGACGAGACGGCCUUUUGUUGAACCAUUCAAGGUUAAUCUACAAGUUAAUUUCGUUUGAUUGAUCAAUUUGGUUCAUCUUGUAAUAAUCAUCAUGAUGAUAACAACAAUGAUGUUUGUCAACUUUUACCCAAGGUUUUUCAAUAGAAAAUUAAUUUGUGAUUAUUUCCGUAUUCCUUUUAUUAUAUUGGUCCAUCAUAAGACAUUUCGAGGCUAUUUAUCUAGAAAUAGAGUAAAUAUUAAUAUCUCUCAUGUUGAUUGUUAACCUUGUCAUGGUAAAUCAUUCAUCAAAUUAGAUCUGUCAAUCACUGAGGCCAUUAUGUGUGUUUAACAAUUUCAGUUUAGAUAAACACUUGAAAUUGGAAUACGUGAUAAACUUGAAGACCAUUAGAAUACUUUCUGAUCAUCAUCUUCAUCUGAUCCUUUUCAAGAAUUCAUUGUAUUCGAUGUCCACUGAACCAUAAUCAUGUCUUUCCGAAUGAAAUGACCACUGGAUGAAACUUGAAAGGUCAGUGGAUAGAAAGUUUCAGUUUACCAUUCAAAUUUGUAUUUGUUUCUUUUCCUGUAAAUAAAUUGUAAACACAAGAAGAUUGAUUACCAACUUGAUUGUUGUAAUUUAACAGUAAAAAGAUUGAUAAGUUUUAUUGUUUGAAUAAAAUGAAGUAUUUUUUAAACGUU